CACAAAACAACACACACACCUAUUGUACCGUAUCUCACAGUUUCCUCUCUCAAACACAAUCCCCUUUUACAAACCUCAACUCUCUCUCCUCUUUUCCCCCUUCUUUCCCCCGUUUUUUAUUUUUUUCACUUAUUCCUAACUCGAUUAGGGUUAGGGUUUAAUCAGAAUUCCCUAAUUUAUUCUUGUUUUUCUUUGUAAUGCUUCAAAAUUUUCUAAUCUCGCUUCAGAUUUACCAAUGUAUACACAUUCCCAUUCUCAGUCUAUGAACGUUCACCACCAGAUCGCUGCCACUGCUGGCCCUGCUGGCGAUGACGACGACGGGGCUGCUGUCGACUCCAUUGAUCAUCAUCACAUUCGUUAUGAAGAUGGCAAUGCUACUGGCGUUGUAGAGGAAGUAUCUCCUGACUCUGUCUAUGUUCCUAGUAGUGGCGCUGGCUCAGAACUCGCUAUACAGCGAGGUGAUGUAUCAAGCCAACUCACAUUGACGUUUCGUGGUCAAGUUUAUGUGUUUGAUGCUGUCACUCCUGAUAAGGUUCAAGCGGUGUUAUUACUGUUGGGAGGCUGUGAAUUGACGUCCGGUCCACAUGGUCUAGAUGUAGCAGCUCAAAACCAAAGGGGUGCAGUAGUGGACUAUCCAGGACGUUGUACUCAACCUCAGAGAGCAGCCUCAUUAAAUAGGUUUCGACAGAAGAGGAAAGAACGAUGCUUUGAUAAGAAAGUUAGAUAUAGUGUUCGUCAAGAGGUUGCACUGAGGAUGCAGCGCAAUAAGGGCCAAUUUACUUCUUCCAAGAAGUCAGAUGGAACAUAUGGCUGGGGUGGGGGUCAGGAUUCAGGACAAGAUGAUGGCCUGCAAGAAACCUCGUGUACACAUUGUGGCACUAGUUCAAAAUUGACCCCAAUGAUGCGGCGUGGUCCAUCUGGUCCAAGGUCACUUUGCAAUGCGUGCGGGCUGUUUUGGGCAAAUAGGGGGACUUUGAGAGAUUUGUCCAAGAAAACCCAGGAACAUUCUCUGACUCCAGUUGAACAGGGUGAAGCCGAAGCAAAUGACUCGGACUCUGGGAAUGCCAUUCAUACGCAUAACAAUCUUGUUACUUAUUGAAGUGGUGAUGAUACGGCUUUAAUAGCAGAGGAUUGAGUUCCCAAGCUGCCUUGCAAGAGCGGCUACAGCCUUGUGCAACGAUUGAAGUUGAAGGUUUUCUAGUAAUUGCUUUCAGCUUGUUCUCUGUAAUGUACAGAUAUUAAUUAUAGUGUCAUCAUCAAUACAUGAGGUUCUCUCUUUCCUUCGGUACUUUACUUGAGAUUGCCUCUUGAGGAUUUUAUGCCGGAUGUAUCACAUAUCUAUCUCUGAUUGAUAUUUGGUAAUUUUAUAUACCAAAUGCUUUUAAUAUGCUCA